AUGACCAAGCUAUUCAUUGGCGGCCUCGCAUGGCACACCACCGAUGACACUCUCCGUCAGGGUUUUUCCCAGUACGGUACCAUCGAAGAAGCUGUCGUUGUCAAGGACCACGACACCCACCGUAGUCGAGGAUUCGGCUUCGUCCGUUUUGCCAGCGAAACUGAGGCUGAAGCUGCCAUGGAUGCUAUGAACAAUCAGGAGUUUGAUGGACGUAUCAUUCGGGUCGAUAAAGCUUCGGAAAGACCUCCCGGCCGCAGCGGUGGAUUCCAGGGCCGUGGUGGCUACAACAGGCCCGAGGGAAGCAGCUACCGUGGAGGUGGCGCUGGUGGUACGUUCCCAUAA